AGAGCCAUGAAGGAAGAUACCAGUGUCUAUGGAUUCGACGCAAAGGAGUUAAGUCUAGUUCCUGAUCUGGUCUUGCCUCCAAAGUUUAAAGUUCCUGACUUUGAAAAGUUUGAUGGUACCAGGUGCCCCUCUGCACAUAUCACAAUGUUUUGUAGGAAGAUGACCGGAUACAUAGGGGACGAUCAAUUGUUGAUACACUGCUUUCAGGAAAGUUUAACUGGCUCGGCAAUCCGAUGGUAUAACCAGCUGAGUAGAGCUAAUAUUAAAUCGUGGAAAGACUUGGCUAAGUCCUUUCUUGAGCAAUACAAACAUGUGAAGGAUGUUAGGCCUAACAGGAUGAUGUUGCAAGGAAUGGAAAAGAAGUCUAACGAGAGUUUUAGACAAUAUGCUCAAAGAUGGAGAGAUGUAGCAGUGCAAGUCCACCCGCCAUUGGAAGAGGAGGAAACAAAUAUGCUUUUUGUCAACACCUUAAAGGCUCCUUUUUUCUCGCAUCUUAUCGGUAAUCCUUAUCGAAGUUUUGCUGAUGUAGUUACGGCGGGAGAAAUGAUUGAAAUGGCUGUUAAGAGUGGGAAGCUCGAGGGAGGAGAGUGUAUGCUCAGUUUGAAGUUUCUGAAACACAGUGAAUACAGUGUUGUGGAACAAUUACACAAGUUGCCUGCCCGUAUUUCUGUUUUAUCAUUACUUUUGAGUUCAGAGGCCCAUAGGAAUGCUCUGUUAAAGGUUUUGAACCAGACUUUUGUUCCGAAAGAGUUGCCCAUUGAAAAGUUGGAUCGGUUAGUUUCCAAUAUACAAGCUGAUAAUUUUUUAUCUUUUUCUGAAGAUGAGAUCCCUUCUGGGAUGAUUGGUAGUCAGAAGGCUUUGCACAUUACAGUUAAAUGUAAAGGGCAUGUGUUGUCCCGGGUCUUAGUUGAUAAUGGUUCAGCUUUGAAUGUGAUGCCCUUAGUGACUCUGAAGAAGCUUCCAUUAGAUAGUACACUUAUGAGAACCUGUCAAAGUGUGGUUCGAGCUUUCGAUGGGACUAAAAGAGAAGUGUUGGGCAAGAUUGAUGUUCCUCUGAAUAUUGGUCCAGCAACUUAUGAAGUGGAAUUUCUUGUAAUGGACAUUAUGCCUACGUACAAUUGUUUGUUGGGAAGACCUUGGAUUCAUCAGGCCGGUGCAGUUCCGUCCACAUUGCACCAGAGACUGAAAUUUGUGAUUGAUGGAAGGUUGGUAUGUAUUCAUGCUGAAGAGGACAUUAUUACUUCUGUUUCUACUACUGCUCCGUAUAUUGAAGGAUGUGAAUUACCUUCUGAAUUGCUGAAAAUGGUGGAGAAUGAAGAUAAGCAGAUUUUGCCUCAUAAAGAGUCUACUGAGAUUUUGAAUUUGGGGACAGAUGAGGAUAAGAGGGAAGUAAAGAUUGGUACCACUCUGUCAGUUGGAGGUCGACAAGAUUUGAUAGAAUUGCUUCAAGAAUACAAGAAUGUGUUUGCUUGGUCAUACGAAGAUAUGCCGGGUUUAGAUACAGAGUUGGUUGUUCACAAACUGCCAAUAAAGCCUGAAUGUAAACCGGUACAGCAAAAACUGAGAAGAAUGAAACCUGAGAUGCUGCUCAAGAUUAAAGAGGAAGUGAAGAAACAAUUUGAUGCCGGGUUUCUUAAAGUGGCCAAAUAUCCUGAAUGGGUAGCUAAUAUUGUCCCAGUACCGAAGAAGGAUGGGAAAGUUCGAAUGUGUGUUGACUAUAGGGAUCUCAACCGAGCUAGUCCAAAAGAUAAUUUUCCUUUGCCACAUAUAGACACUCUAGUGGAUAAUACUGCUGGAAAUUCUUUGUUCUCUUUUAUGGAUGGUUUCUCUGGCUAUAAUCAAAUUAAGAUGAACCCUGAAGAUAUGGAAAAAACAACAUUUGUUACCAUGUGGGGAACGUUUUGCCAUAAAGUAAUGCCGUUUGGACUGAAGAAUGCAGGGGCAACAUAUCAAAGGGCCAUGGUAACGUUAUUUCACGACAUGAUGCAUAAAGAGAUAGAAGUUUAUGUCGAUGAUAUGAUAGUCAAAGCCAAGACAGAGGAAGAACAUAUUGUGAAUUUGAGAAAGCUUUUUAAAAGACAAAGAAGAUGCCAGUUAAAACUCAACCCAAAUAAAUGUACUUUUGGGGUGACAUCUGGGAAGUUAUUGGGUUUCGUAGUAAGCCAAAAAGGAAUUGAAAUAGACCCAGAUAAAGUAAAGGCUAUUCAGGACUUGCCACCCCCACGAACACAAAAAGAAGUCAGAGGAUUUUUGGGGAGAUUGAAUUACAUAGGUCGGUUUAUUUCGCAGUUGACUGAAAAGUGUGAUCCCAUAUUCCGCCUUCUUCGCAAGAAUAACCCAGAGGAAUGGAGUGAAGACUGUCAAAGAGCUUUUGAAACAGUGAAGAGAUAUUUGUCGAGCACUCCAAUUUUAGCACCACCCAUCUCAAGCAAACCCUUGAUUCUUUAUUUGUCAGUUUAUGAAAAUUCAAUGGGGUGUGUGCUGGGGCAACGUGAUCAAACUGAGAAGAAAGAAAGGGCUAUUUAUUAUCUCAGCAAGAAGUCCACUGAAUGUGAGACAAGAUACUCACCCAUUGAAAAGUUGUGUUGUGCUUUAGUAUGGGCUACCCGAAGGCUUAGGCAAUAUAUGUUGUAUCAUACUACUUGGCUUAUAUCCAAGCUUGAUCCCUUGAAAUAUCUAAUGGGUGUGCCUGCAUUAUCUGGAAGAUUAGCUCGUUGGCAGAUCUUAUUGUCCGAGUUUGACAUCCAGUAUGUAAACCAGACGGCAAUUAAAGGAAGUGCUAUAGCGGAAUUCAUUGCAAGCAGGGCUUCGGAGGAAUAUGAGUCGUUGAGCUUUGAUUUCCCGGAUGAAGAUUUAAUGGCUAUUUCGGUAGAAGAAGUAGUUGCAUCCAGUAGCAAAUAUUGGAAGUUGAACUUCGAUGGUGCUUCAAAUGCCUUGGGACAUGGAAUCGGGGCAAUUUUGGUCUCACCAGAAGGAGAGCAUUAUCCUUUCACCAGUCGGCUUAAUUUUGAUUGUACAAACAAUAUGGCCGAGUAUGAAGCCUGUGUUCUGGGUCUUAGAGCUGCUGUUGAACGCAAAGUAAAAAUGCUUAAAGUGUAUGGGGAUUCAGCUUUGGUAAUAUACCAGCUCAGAGGAGAAUGGGAGACAAAAGAUCCCAAGCUUGUAGAAUACCGUAAGUUAGUUAUGGAACUUGUUGAAGAAUUUGAUGAAGUAACUUUCAAUUACCUCCCCAGAGAAGAGAAUCAAAUGGCAGAUGCCUUAGCCACACUGGCAGCAGCGUUUAAGAUGAACGAGCAUUCAAAUAUGAUGCCCAUUGAAAUGAAGGCUUAUGAGUAUCCAGCCCAUUGUUUUAAUAUCGAAGAGGAAGAAGAUGGAAACCCCUGGUAUUAUGAUAUCUUGCAAUAUAUAAGGUAUCAGGGUUAUCCAGAACAGGCUACUGAGAAUGAUAAGAGAACCAUUAGAAGAAUGGCAUCAGGGUAUGUGCUUGAUGGUGAGACUCUGUACAAGAAAAGCCUGGAUCAGGUUUUGUUAAGAUGUGUGGACGCGAAAGAAGCCAAAUUGAUUCUUGAAGAAGUGCAUGAGGGAAUAUGUGGUACCCAUGCUAAUGGGCAUGUUAUGGCUAGGCAAAUUAUGAGAUUUGGGUAUUAUUGGUCAACUAUGGAAACAGACUGUAUCAAUUAUGCUCGAAAAUGUCACAAGUGUCAGAUUUAUGGAGAUAGGAUACAUACUCCUCCUCAUCCGUUGCAUGUAAUGACAGCUCCGUGGCCAUUCUCAAUGUGGGGCAUGGAUGUUAUUGGACAAAUUUCACCCAAAGCUUCAAAUGGUCAUCGUUUCAUUCUGGUAGCCAUAGAUUACUUCACCAAGUGGGUAGAAGCGGCUUCUUACGCAAAUGUUACCCAGUCUACAAUAUGCAAAUUUUUGAAGAAGGAGAUCAUUUGUAGAUAUGGUUUACCAGAGAGGAUUAUCUCCGAUAAUGCGUUGAAUUUAAAUAAUAAGAUGAUGGACUCGGUCUGUAAACAGUUCAAAAUAAAACAUCAUAAUUCCACCACUUAUCGCCCAAAGAUGAAUGGGGCAGUAGAGGCGGCCAAUAAGAACAUCAAAAGGCUCAUAGAGAAAAUGACUGAGACCUAUAAGGAUUGGCAUGAAAAGUUGCCCUUUGCUCUGUUUGCUUAUCGAACUUCAGUACGGACUUCAACUGGGGCAACACCAUUUUCUUUGGUUUAUGGGAUGGAAGCUGUCUUACCUAUUGAGGUGGAAAUUCCCUCACUUCGGAUUUUGUCAGAGGUAAAGCUUGAUGAGGCAGAAUGGGUCCAAGCUAGGUAUGACCAGUUGAAUUUGAUUGAAGAAAAGAGAUUGAAAGCUAUUUGUCAUGGUCAGAUGUACCAAAAACGUAUGAUACGGGCACAUGGUAAGAAAGUUCGCCUUCGAGAAUUCCAUGAGGGAGAUUUGGUGCUUAAAAGGAUUUUGCCUAUUCAGAAGGAUUUCAGAGGAAAAUGGAUGCCCAAUUGGGAAGGACCUUAUGUUGUCAAGAAGGCCUUUUCAGGGGGAGCUCUAGUCCUAACUGAAAUGGACGGAUCAGAAUUACCAUAUCCAGUGAAUUCCGACGCUGUUAAGAGAUAUUUUGCUUGA